AUCGGUCUCAUAUUCCCGUUCUGCAUGGUGGAUAUUAUUUUUAACACACCUUUCCUCGGUGCUAUGGGGGAUCAUUGCAAAAGGAAGCAUGGAAUAGCCCUGUGCGUAGGCUGUGGAAGUCAGAUCCAUGACCAGUACAUCCUCCGCGUCUCCCCGGAUCUGGAGUGGCACGCCGCGUGUCUGAAGUGCGCAGAGUGCAGUCAGUACCUGGAUGAAAGUUGCACUUGCUUCGUGAAAGACGGCAAGACUUACUGCAAAAGGGAUUAUAUUCGGUUGUUUGGGACCAAAUGUGCCAAGUGCAAUCUGACUUUUAGUAAGAAUGACUUAGUGAUGAGAGCCCGGAACCGGGUCUAUCACAUCGAGUGUUUCCGCUGCGUGGCGUGUAGCCGCCAGCUUAUUCCCGGCGACGAGUUCGCCCUCAGAGACGACGAGCUGUUCUGCCGGGCCGAUCACGACGUGGUGGAGAGAGCCUCGGCCGGGGGAGGCCCCCUAAGUCCGGAGCCGACCGGCAGGUCCCUCCAGAUGGCAGAACCCAUUUCGGUUCGUCAGCCACCCCUGAGGUCCCACGUUCACAAACAGCAGGAGAAGACAACCCGGGUACGGACGGUGUUGAACGAGAAACAACUCCACACGUUACGGACCUGCUACGCUGCUAACCCCAGACCGGACGCCCUGAUGAAAGAGCAGCUGGUGGAAAUGACUGGGCUGAGCCCCAGGGUCAUUCGGGUCUGGUUUCAAAACAAACGUUGUAAGGAUAAAAAGAAAACGCUCCUCAUGAAACAAAUCCAACAGCAGCAACACAGUGAUAAAACUAGCCUGCAGGGCUUGACUGGGACGCCAAUGGUAGCAGCCAGCCCCAUCCGACAUGACGGCUCCAUCCAAGGGAAUGCUGUGGAGGUGCAGUCGUACCAACCUCCCUGGAAAGCACUGAGUGAGUUUGCACUUCAGAGUGACCUGGAUCAGCCUGCCUUCCAGCAACUGGUAACUUUCUCGGAAUCGGGUUCAUUGCCGAACUCCUCUGGAAGUGAUGUGACCUCUCUGUCCUCGCAGUUACCGGAUACCCCGAACAGCAUGGUCCCCAGCCCCGUGGAGACGUGA